CUCUUCUCUGUUUACGUUUGUCCUGAAACAUGGAGGACGAAGUGGAUGUUGACAUCGAGGGAGACGAUUUUGAUAGUAAUGUUGGAGAGAUGGACGCUGCAGGAUUAGUCCAGGAGCAGUUCAUCCAGCCUGCAGACGGAACCAGCUCCUGGAUCCUGCCCUGGGAGCUGGACAGCUCCAUCAGCCCGGAGAACAGAGAGGCGAUAGAGAGGAUGCUGCUGGAGGAACAAUAUUAUUUGACAGGUGACAGGAUUCCGGACAUUUUGCCCAGUGAUCCCAAUAAGAAGCCCAAAGUAAAGAAAUCUCCGACCAAAAGCUCGACCUCGGCCUCUGCUUCAUCUCGCUGGUCCAAACAGGAAAAAGAACUUUUUGAGGAGGGACUGGCUCAAUAUGGUCGAAGGUGGACAAAAAUCUCCAAGCUUGUGGACACCCGAAGUGUCCUUCAGGUCAAGAGUUAUGCUAGGCAGUACUUCAAACACAAGCUAAAGGGUAAAUCAGAACCAAGAGCUGCAGCUCCCUCUGCAGGUCCAGAGCAGCAGCUGCGGCCUCCUCGGCCCACUAUGACCAAUGCUGUCCGUAUACAGAGGCUUUCCGAUGAUGAGGAUGUAGACAUCACCGAUGACCUGAGCGAGGGUGAAGGGGAGGACAUCAAAACUGAACUGGGUGGACUACCGGGGCAACCAGAGACUGACGCAACAGCAGAAGAGCAAAAAGAGCCGACUGUGUCAGAGAGCAUCCAUGAGACGAAGCACCGACCCUGCCUGAGCUCUUCUUCUGAGCAAAGUCCUCCGUCCUCUUUUAAUUUGUUUUGCGCUGAGGAAGACAGGAAAACUACAUCAGAUGAGAAUGUUGUAAAGACAGAACCUCCUGAGACAGAAGCAGAGAUGGAGUCAAAACUGACAACUAAUCCUAGUGAUGAGCAGAGCUGCCAGAGUCACACCUUGGCACACGACGGUCAGCUCAUUGAAGAAUACCAUGAUUCCACAGAUUCUGUUGAAAACCCGGACGUCCGGGGAGCAGACGGAGACCCAGAGGAGCAGGAGGAGGAAGACGAGGAAGUGGAAGAGCUGAAGGCCCCCGAGCAGGAAGUUGAGAUGGACACAGAGACGAUCACAGAGGACGAGAAACAAGCUAUCCCCGAGUUCUUCGAGGGCCGACCAUCGAAGACUCCCGAGAGAUAUCUGAAGAUCAGGAACUACAUCCUGGACCAAUGGCUGAAGAGCAAGCCCCGAUACCUGAACAAGACGUCGGUCCGUCCCGGCCUGAAGAACUGUGGAGACGUGAACUGCAUCGGGAGGAUACACACAUACCUCGAACUCAUUGGAGCCAUCAAUUUCAAUUGUGAGCAAGCGGUGUAUAAUCGACCAAAGGUUGUGGACCGGACCAAGCCAAAGGAGGGCAAGGAUGUGCUUGAAGCUUACCAGCUUGCUCAGAGACUGCAGAGCAUGCGGACCAGGAAGAGGCGUGUGCGAGACAUAUGGGGGAACUGGUGUGAUGCUAGAGAUUUGGAAGGACAGACUUAUGAGCAUCUGAGCGCUGAAGAGCUGGCUCAGCGGAGAGAAGAGAUGAAGAAGCAGCCUAAACACGGCAAGACAUCCCGAUACAGAGGGUCCUUUGAUCCAUUCCAGCUGAUUCCUUGCAGAUCUUUCGAGAGAGAUGUUCAGGAGCCGUUCCAGGUCAUCGUGUGUGCUGAGACUCUUCUCAUCAUGGACAUGCAUGCCCACGUAUCAAGAGGGGAAGUCAUUGGUCUUCUGGGUGGAACGUUCAACCAGGAAGAGAAAGUUCUCAAGAUCUGUGCAGCAGAACCGUGUAACAGUGUGAGCACAGGUCUGCAGUGCGAGAUGGACCCGGUGUCACAGACUCAGGCCUGUGACAUGCUCUCGUCUCUGGGCUUCAGCGUUGUGGGCUGGUACCACUCACACCCCUCUUUUCACCCAAACCCGUCAGUGCGGGACAUCAACACUCAGGACCAGUUCCAGAGUUAUUUUUCCCGCGGCGGAGCCCCCUUCAUCGGGAUGAUAGUGAGCCCGUAUGACCCUGCUAACCCCUCAACCCACUCCCAGAUCACCUGCUUGUUGGUGAAAGAAAGCCAAGAGCCCUCAAGCCAAAACAAGCUGCCUUACAGAUUCAACUUUCUGUCAUCACAAGAUUCUCCUGACUGGGAUCAGACCAUGAGGAGGGCUCAGUGGAUCAUCCAGAAGUACGCUCAAGCACACGGGAGCGUCCAGAUGGACAGAUUGUUUCGCAGAGACUCCAGUCUUACCUGUUUGGAAAAGAUGAUGAUGUCUUUGGCAAGACACUUGGAAGCCCUCCCAGAUGGUGAAGGAGACCAGUUCCUCUCUGAGAUCCAGUCCCGGUUCCUGUCCGACUUCGUCUCCAAGCAGAAAUCCUCAUAUAAGGAAGAAGAAGAACAUUUUAACAUCUCAAGCUCUGUGCAAUCAGACGCCGCCGCUUUUGAUCAGCUGAUCAGUCAGGAGGAGUUCCCCAAGGCAGGAGAGAGUGCUGAAACAAACAGUGGCUCAGUUUUGCAUUUAGGGUCUGUGUUGUCAACUGAGCAUGACUAUUUACUGUGAAAAAACAAAACAAAAAUCUUUUUAUUACAGUAUUAAGCAUGGUGUUAGAUUUAAAGUACACGCGUUGAAGUUUAUGUAUAGUUUUAUACAAAAUUUGAUUUUGUUGAAUUGUUUGACUAAACGAUCUCUUGUAGAAAAUCAUUUAACUUCAAGGUGUCUUGGUUUUCUGCAGUGAAGGAACUGGAGAUGGCAUCCAAAAAAGUUCAAAACGAUUGUCAGGGGUUACAAGUAUCGAUACUGUUCUUUGAUAUCAACAGAGUUCUCACAGUAACCGUAAAACAAGUUCAUGUUUGAGAACGUGUUUGUAAGAGAGAGAGCGCGACCGAUCAGUUCCUGUGUUACCAAAUAAAACAAUUUUUAUAUUUGCUGA